AGAAGUCGGACAGGUUACUAUGUCAAGACUAUUCUGGGUGGUAGCCUGUCUUUACACCUCUGAACAGUGAUGUAUUGGGAGAGAUAUCAAAGGGAGAGGAUAGAUACAAGUAGCUGGAAAUAAGAACUGGUCACUUUAAGAGCAAGGCGCGGGUGGAGCAAAUGUUCAAGCGUUGACCCUUGCUUAUAAAAAGAUAGAGAAACCGCGUUGCUGUGAGCGAAUUAAUUCCCCGAGCGAAUGUUGUCGGAAAAGAUAUAGCACGUGCAAGUUUUGUUGUCGUCAGCAGUCGUCCAAUAACCGGAUAGACCUGCUAGAAUUCGAAGGAGCUACUACACUACGAUACCUCCACUACACAACUGUCUACUUUGAUGGUAUGCCAGCACCUAACAAGGAGACAGGAUGACUACUACUGGUUGGCUGGACUGCAGUAAGCAGAUGGACAGUGUCUCUGUGAGGACUGGGUGCUCUAUGGAUCUACAUGUACAUGUCCUUUAGGAGUAGCCUGCCUUCCCCCAGUCUCUGUCACAGCAUGGCCCGAAACAAGGCUUACUGGGGACAGCCACAUGGCACAAACAGCCUGUGCUUUAGCCUGGAUGCUGACGACGCGAUGGAACACAACUUGAGAGAGCAUCACCAACACCACACAGUGUCCCAGGGCUUUGACAACAAAAUGCCCCAGCCCUACCAUCUACUGUACUCUAGCAGCCAUCCCUUGACCUCUCACUCCACCAGGCCCCGCCCUCCUGAGGGGGACCAGGUGGUCCCCUCCUUCCAGAGACUAUCAGUUUAUGAGCAGAGUCCGUCCUGCGGCCCCAAGCCCCUGCCCCCUCUCCCUGACCCAGAGGAUAACUCUUCAGAUGAGGCGGCAGACAGCGAGGUGGAAUUCUUCAUCGACGAGAGGCAGCACCUACUUCCCCAGCGCUGCUCCACGAAUGCCCUGGCUCUCCACUAUGGAGCCACCGGACGACGAAGCUUCAGGGGCUGUGGCCAGGUCAACUAUGCCUACCUUGAGGGGCCCCCCGGGGCUAGCGGCUCGGCUAAUGGUGGAGCCCAAAGUGGAACCCAGGAGCAGCAGGCCCAGUUUGGGGGACAGAGAGGGCCAGGGCCCGUGGUGGUAGCAGCGAGGGACAUUUCUAGCAAGCAACACGAUCGGCCCCAAUGGUCCAAGUUGCGGCGCUCCCACUCGGGCCCUGCAAGCUCCUUCAAGCCCUCCGGCCUGCGCCAGUCGUGUCACCUUCACCACCACCACCAUGGCAGCUACAGGGGCAACCCCCAGCUGGACAAGCCUGAAGUUCCUCCCCGCAUCCCCAUCCCCCCACGCCCCUCCAAGACUGCCAACUGCCACCGUUGGUCUGUCACCGAGGACCAAGACAAGGACAAGCCACCCAAAGUUCCUCCCAGGAAACCGAUAGCGCCCCCUUGUGGCUCCUGUUGCACCCCUAGUCCCAAGAGCCUCCCUAUAUACGUGAAUGGGGUGAUGCCCCCUACGCAGAGUUUCGCCCCUAACCCCAAAUAUGUCAGCAAGGGCCUCCAGAGGCCACAACAGCAGCAUAGGGAGGGGUCCACUGGGCCUUUGGUGGGGCCACGCUCCCCCUGUAUCGUGCCUAUCAUGGAGGAUGGGAGGAAAGCCAGUGCCACGCACUAUUUCCUCCUACCCCGGCGGCCAUCCUACAUGGACAGGUUAGAAAGGUUCUUGAGGGAGAAGGAGGCAGACAGUGUCCAGCAACACUCCCAGCUCAGAGUGGGGUUGCCAGAACAGGCAGAAACCUCCUGUCAUCAUAUAGAGCUUCAACAUUGCGGAAAGCUUGAAGACUGACCCCCCCACACACUAAUGUGCAUCUUUAAUUAUAGUGGAAAUAGGGUGCCAUUUUGGGACGAACCCUUAGUCAUUCAGUCUAGGGUGCUACCACUAAAACUUUUGCCACCUCAUUUGAUGCAACAAACAAAGCAAAGAUAAACCAUAGAUGCCUGGAGGCUUCGUGUCAGAUCUGUACUGUCACUGUAUUCAAACAGAAAACAGUGUGAUGGAUUGGUAUAAGGUGUUUUUUUGUUGUCCUCUGUGAGUAGUGUUUUGUUAAAUGGUAUGGGUUAACUGAAGACAUGCAAGUGAAACAUUUGUUGUACGUUAUUUUGCUGUUGAAAGACCAAUCUGUUGAGGGAUUCAUUUGAAGGUAUCGGUUUACUAGACAUGUUUAGUUUUAAACUAAUUGAUCUAGGUCUAGUUGGUCCCUACUGAUCAUGGUUAUGUAACAACUAAUGUAAAAUGUUCUACUCAAUGUGGGGAAAGGUCUAUUUAUAAUAUUCAGAGUCUAGGGAGUAUAUACCCACUAAUUAGCUGUUCACAAAAAAUAUGUAUAGAAAUCGUCCCUUUUCAGCCAGAGUCGUAUUAUCUAGUCACCAAAUGGAAGAAAUCCUACUGAAACAGGGAGGGACUACCUGAACUUGUCCAAUAAGAAACAUUCAUUUUUGUUUUCUGUUGGUAAACGCUUUGCUAGUGUGUGCACUGAUGAAUAUGACCCAGUAUGACCAGAGUUGGACGUCACAAAGAUUCCCCCCCUAGUAGGCAUCCUAUUGGAUUACCUGACAGUGGAUGGCCUUGACUCAGAAAUGUUAUAUUUUUAUUCAUUUAGCAGAUGCUCUCAUCCAGGGCAACUUAAAGAUACAUCUUAAGAUAGCUAUGUGGGACAACCACUUAUCCCAGUCAGUCAAUGUUUCCUAAAACAAAGUCAGAGAUAGUAAGAGGGGAAAAGGUGAAGUGAAGGUGUUAGUUCACGAAAAGGCAUUUUUUUGGGGGGGGGGGAUGGCUGUAGACUGUUGUUUUAUUGGCUUUGCUGUACAUCAAAGUUACCCCACAAUCUAUGUGAUUACAUUAAAAGGCCCAAAGCAGCAGUUUUUAUACUAAACAUUUUACUAAACAACUAAACAUUUCACUGUGUCGUGGGUUUGGGUUAAAAGGUGAGUAAAAAAAGAAAGAAAUUCCUUUACAUUGAUGACUUUAAAAAUCCAAUCAGUUUUUUGAGUUGAUAAAACACAGGAAAAACACAGAGCCUUUAACAAUGAAUGGAGAUUGGGUCGCUCCUCCAUUUCGAACAGCUGGUCUGUUUUCAAGUAUUACACAAAGUGGAUGUUGUGGAUUUUUUGAUUCUAUAAAUAAGUCUCUCUCUCAUAAUUGUAUCUACUUUUUUCAUUUAACAUUAUUUAUAUUAUCACAAUUUGGCCAAGUUUAACUCUUGAUUUCACCUCACAGUAUUGUCUUUGUAAAUGUUUUUGAAAAGUGCCUGUAUUAAAGGGAGAUAGAAUGAGGGUGUGAUAUUAGUUGUAAUGGUUGCACUUCCCUGUACAGUCAUUUCCCACCCAAUGAUAAGGUAAAUACUAUUGAUUUAUAUCUGUACUUAAAUUGUUAUGAGUAGGUAGGGCUACUUAAUAUGAUCAAUGCAAUUAACAUGGAAUAUAAUUAAUUAUAGUAUUUUUUAAGGACUGUAUGUAUGGUGACUUUGUAGUUUGUACAAUUGUGUAUUACAGCAUACAUUUAUUUUAAGGGAUAGUGCAUGAGAUUGAUAACCAUCUAGAUUAGCCAAUUUCAUGACUUGAAUUACCAAACUAUAUUAUUUCAAAUGGAUAUGGGGUAUUUACAUCGUUUUUUUGGGGGGGGGGGGCUAUGGUGGUGCUGUAAACGAGAGUUGUUACCUUUCAUUCUGAAGUUCAGAAAACUGUUUACAUGAUAUGAUACUUGUUACAUCAACAGACGUUGAAGUUUUUCCCACAGCAGACAUGGUUACAUUCUGCUUUAAAAAGUGUUGUCAUUUCAUGGGUAGUUCUCUACAGUAUUUAAAAGUGAUUGUGUUGGACAAAAAUGUUGAAUGAUGUAUUCUUAAUCUAUUUAAAUAAAUACCUUAUUUAUUAAAUGUU